AUGACACUAAUCAUACACUCAUCCCUCCUUCUAAUCUUCUUUAUUUUGGUAUACCCCCUGUUUACUACGCUAAACCCUAGUCAACUAGACCUCAACAUGGCAAAAAUAACUAAAGUUGCCGUUAGCUCCGCAUUCUUCGUCAGCCUGCUGCCUCUUAUAAUCUUCCUAAACCUAAAAACAGAAGGCAUCAUCACAAAUUGACAAUGAAUAAACACCCAAGCAUUUGACAUCAAUAUUAGCUUUAAGUUUGACCAUUACUCCUUAAUCUUUGUCCCAAUUGCCCUCUAUGUUACCUGAUCAAUUCUAGAAUUUGCACUAUGGUAUAUACACUCUGACCCCAACAUUGACCGAUUCUUCAAAUACUUACUUACAUUCCUAGUAGCUAUAAUCAUCUUAGUUACAGCCAACAAUAUGUUCCAAUUAUUUAUCGGCUGAGAAGGGGUAGGGAUUAUAUCAUUCCUACUAAUCGGAUGAUGACAUGGACGAGCAGACGCCAACACAGCAGCUCUCCAAGCUGUUAUUUAUAAUCGAGUAGGAGACAUCGGACUAAUCAUAAUUAUGGCUUGAUUCGCAAUAAACCUCAACUCCUGAGAGAUUCAACAAAUCUUUGUUUUAUCAAAAAACUUUGACAUAACAGUCCCCCUUCUAGGACUUACCUUAGCGGCAACCGGGAAAUCAGCCCAGUUUGGCCUCCACCCAUGGCUACCAUCCGCCAUGGAGGGCCCUACACCAGUAUCUGCCCUACUCCAUUCAAGCACUAUAGUCGUUGCAGGGAUCUUCCUACUAAUCCGCCUUCAUCCGCUUAUAGAAAAUAACCAAUUGGCCCUGACAAUCUGCCUUUGCCUCGGAGCAUUAACCUCAUUAUUUACAGCCACCUGUGCUCUAACCCAAAAUGAUAUCAAAAAAAUUGUAGCUUUCUCAACAUCAAGCCAGCUUGGACUAAUAAUAGUUACAAUUGGACUAAACCAACCACAACUAGCAUUUCUCCACAUUUGCACUCACGCCUUCUUCAAGGCCAUAUUAUUCUUGUGUUCCGGUUCAAUCAUUCAUAGCCUAAACGAUGAACAAGACAUCCGGAAAAUGGGGGGCUUAUUCAACAUUAUACCUGCCACCUCAACUUACUUUAUAAUUGGCAGCCUCGCCCUAACAGGAACCCCCUUCCUAGCAGGAUUCUUCUCAAAAGAUGCAAUUAUUGAAGCCCUAAACACCUCUUACCUAAACGCCUGAGCCCUGACCCUAACACUAAUUGCCACAUCAUUCACCGCAGUAUACAGCUUCCGACUAGUAUACUUUGUAAUUAUAGGAACCCCACGAUUUUUACCCUUAUCCCCAAUUAACGAAAACAACCCACUAGUAAUUAACUCUAUCAAACGGCUUGCCUGAGGAAGCAUCAUUGCAGGACUCAUUAUUACACAAAACUUUUUACCAACAAAAACACCAAUCAUAACGAUACCCCCCGCCCUAAAAUUAGCAGCUCUUGCAGUAACAGUCACAGGCCUACUUGUAGCCACAGAACUAGCUAAUAUAACAAGCAAACAAGUGAAAAUUACCCCGAUAGUUUCCACACACCACUUCUCAAACAUAUUAGGAUUUUUCCCAACAACCAUUCACCGACUUCUUCCAAAACUUAAACUUACCCUAGGACAAUCCGCCGCCGCCCAAUUUGACAAAACAUGGCUUGAAACUGUCGGGCCAAAAGGCCUAGCAUUAACACAGGCAACUAUAGCAAAAGCCAUAAACAAUAUUACACGAGGAAUAAUCAAGACAUACCUAACCAUCUUUCUCCUAACCCUAAUCUUGGCCAUCACCCCAAUCCUCCUUUAA